UAGGGCGCUUUUUAUGUCUGUGUGUAUUCAAAGUUUAGCUUAUUUGAACAUUAAACAAUGUCUUACAAAGACAAUGCAAUAUUUAGUUAUUUCAUUUAUAAAGCAGCGUUUAUAACAUCACUAUGUCUAUCAAUUUUUGUUCUUUGGAGAUAUUACGUCAUUUGUCUUGUAGUUUUUCUGGCUUUUAAAGCAAUAACUACAUUACUGGACCGGUUUAUUUACGGAUAUAUUGACCCACAAAAACGUGCUGUAUUUAUAACCGGCUGUGACACAGGCCUAGGAAACCGUUGUGCUCGGCAUUUAGAUAGCUAUGGGUACAUUGUUUUUGCUGGAUGUCUAAACAAGAACAGUUCUGGUGCCCAAAGUUUGAAAACCGAUUGUUCGUCUCGGCUUCGCAUUGUUGAAGUGAAUGCUACAAAGCAAAAAAGUAUUGAAGAUGCAUUGUCCUAUAUUGAGAAGCACCUGCCCAACAAAGGACUGUGGGGCGUGGUAAACAAUGCUGGUAUGGACAUGCUCGGAGAUGUUGAACUGACCCCCGUGUCACUUUACGAGAAGUGCUUUGAACUGAACUUGUAUGGGUAUAUACGAGUGAUGAAAAUAUUCCUUCCUCUAAUUAGACAAUCUAAAGGACGUGUGAUUAAUAUGUCAAGUGUUCGGGGGCGAGUGUAUGAACCAUGUCAAGGCAAUUACGAGACAGCUAAACAUGGAAUAGAGACCCUCUCUGACUCGCUGAGACUAGAAAUGGUUAAAUUUGGGGUCAAGGUUAUUAUCAUAGAGCCUGGAGAUUUCAGUAACGCAACGGCGAUCGGAUCAGAGCCCCAGAUAAGAAGAAAUCAACUGGAAGUAGAUGAAAUUUGGGAAUCAGCAAGAAGCGAGGUUAAACAAUCAUAUACGAAGAAAGGCAUAGAUUCUUGGAUUCAACCACCUAAAGGAGGUUGGCCCCCUAAGGCAGACUCAACAGCUGUAGCGAAGGCUGUUGCGCAUGCGCUUUCUAGCGAAAUACCAAAACAUAGAUACCUCGUUCAGGGAAAAUGGGCUAAAGUUCCAUUUGAUUCAUGGUUUUUGACAUAUGCGCACAACUGGUUGCCAACAUUUAUUGUUGACAAAUACAUGAGUUAUUGGAAGAAAGACCUUGUUUAUCCAUCCACUAGAUAGGUUUCAGCUGGAGCUUAAGAUUUUGCUUUGGAAUUAUUAAAAU